UUUUGCUCAAAAUUUAGGAUUGAAUAAUAAACAAUAUUUGCUGAUUAAAUACUAAAAAUAAAUAUAUAUAUUCUUAUAAUUAUCUUAGUAUUAGAAUUUAUUAUAAAAAUCUAACUUUAUAAGAGAGUUAAAUCAUAUAUCUUUAGCUUAUAGAUGAAACGAUAAACUUAAUCUUCAUAUUCAAUAUCAAAAUAUAGUGGUGGACCUAACGCUAAAAUGCUAAAUUAGCAUUCUAAUAUUGGAUAAUUAGGAAAUGGAUUUUCAAGUUUAGAAAUUCAAUAAAAAGUAGAAAAAAUACCCACUACAUUUGUAUUUGAUAGACGUAUUCCUCCAAGCGACUAUAAAAAUUAUAUCUCAAUAGAUGACAUUUACAAUGAGAAUUUUGAAUAUGCAAGAAAACUUUUUGAAGAUCCUAGUAGAGCCUUUGCAGUAGCUGAUUAUUCUAGUGAUCAAAAAAUUCCUCGCAGACUAGCUUAAGUAAAUUACAAGAGUUUUACUUCAUAGGAAAAGAAAAGAGAUAAGAAAGUAAACUUUACCAAUUAAUAAAAUUAAAUGAAUUCAACUGUUGGAGGAGGAGGUUUUAAAUUAAAUAAAAAUGAAUCAAGCAAAAUGCAGCAGUAGCAGUAAGCUAUACCUUCACCAAUGUUACCUAAAACAAAUUAGCCAUCAAUAUAAUUUAAAAACUAAUUGAUUAAUGCAACCUCAUUGCAGUCUCCACAAUAAUCACCUCAUAAACAAAUGAAUGAAGAUGUACAGUUUUUUAGAGAUUUAUCACCAACAAGGUAGCAAUCAGCUGUUCCUGAUUAUAUUCAUGAGUCUUCAAAAGCAGAUAACUAAAUUGAUUAAAGUUAACUAUAAAAAAGUAUUCUAGUUUCCUAAAAUUAGAUUCACACUACUUCUUAACAAAGAAUUCCUUCAGCAAAUUAAACAGCUAUUCAAGGCUAAUCAAUGAUGGAAUAAAAAAAAACGACUAACCAAUAGUCAUAAAUACUUUAAAAAAAGAAUAGUUUUCCUGUAAUUAGUGGCUCUAAUAACGUAAUACCUCUCGCUGCUGCCAAAAGUACAGCAGGCUUAGUACAUUAACCUUAGAUUAAUAACCUGACAUCAACUUAAUCAAUGAAAAAUAUGCCCUCGGAAAAGAAAGCUAAUGAAGACAGAGUGUAAGGAUUAAUUGCCUAAACAAGAGAAAAAGUAAAAAAAUUGUAAUCAUAUGCUGAAAAAUUGAAACGUCGUGUUUUAUAAAAUGAUUAUGGACAAAACUAUAAAAGGAGUCAAAAGACAAUCAAAAAGUCAUAACUUGUCAAGGAAUACAUUUUUAACGAAGAUGAUUUUAACAAAAUGUUGGCUUAAGAAGAGGAAGAAGACAAAAAAAACCAAGCUAAUAAAAAAGAGAAAUUAAAAGGAUUUGUAGACAGAUAAGAUGCAUUCGCUUUAAAUGAGAAUACUAAAAUGAUUCCAAACUCUUAUUAAAGCCAAAUAAUAGAAUAGUAUGUUUCAAAAAAAGAAUAUCAGAAAUAGAAGUCAGCUUAUUAAUAUUAAGAUGAAGAUGAUGAAUCAGAUAAAUCAAAAGACGAUCUAAAGUAAGAAACGAGUGGGCUUUUUUAAAAAUCUGAUCAAAAAAUGUUUAAAUCUUCAAAACAUAAUUUCCACAAAAAAAUGGUUCUUAAAAAGCGUGACUUUGAUUAAAAAGCAGUUGUUUAAGAAGCAGAGCAAGAAUAUGAAAAAGUCAUAACAAAGUUAACAAAAAAUUAAAAACAUUGGAAUCAGCUAUCGAUCUUACCAGAAAAAACAAAUUAAUUAAGAGCACAUUCUUUGCUCUUCGCAAGAUCUGGAAAAAUUUUGAGAAAUAUUGGAGACAAAUACGGAGAUAUUGAUUUGUUCGUACCUCCAUAACCAUAAAAGCUUUAAAUUAAGAAUUAGUAUGAUCUUUUAAAUCAUUUAUAAGCACUUCUAACCAAGCCAGAUGUUUCUGGAGAUUUCAAGCUUCAUAAAUAAGUUUAAGUGCAUAAAAAUAGAAUUAAAAAUAUGCGUCAAAAUGAUGUAGGAAUAACAAAUAUAUCAAACAUUAGUAUUGAGGUCUGA